CGUCAGAUUGCAAGAAAUUAGAACAGAAAAAGUAUUUUCCACUUUUUUCUUAGAAAAUUAAAUAAAUUACAGCAAUGGCUGGACGGAGUAGUGAUGUAGAAAUGGCCCAGAAGACGUGGGAAUUGGAGAAUAACAUUGAGACCCUUCCGGCGUGUGAUGAAAUCUUCAAAUACGACGCACAUCAGCAACAACAAGUUCAGGCCGCCCGUCCGUGGGACAAGGAUCCUCACUAUUUCAAGGACAUCAAAAUAUCAGCUUUGGCCCUGCUGAAAAUGGUCAUGCACGCUCGUUCUGGCGGAAGUCUCGAGGUGAUGGGACUUCUCCUGGGGAAAGUGGAAGAGAAUACAAUGAUUGUUAUGGAUGCCUUUGCACUUCCUGUGGAGGGCACAGAGACUCGUGUUAAUGCCCAAUCUCAGGCUUAUGAGUACAUGACGGCCUACAUUGAGUCCGCAAAGGAAGUGGGGCGCUUGGAGAACGCCAUAGGAUGGUACCACAGUCAUCCGGGGUAUGGAUGCUGGCUCUCGGGGAUCGAUGUGUCCACACAGAUGCUCAAUCAGAACUUCCAGGAACCCUUUGUGGCCAUUGUCAUUGAUCACGUCAAAACCAUUUCAGCCGGAAAGGUCUGUCUGGGUGCCUUCCGGACAUACCCAAAGGGCUACAAACCCCCAAAUGAGGAACCAUCAGAGUACCAGACAAUCCCGCUGAAUAAGAUUGAAGAUUUUGGGGUGCAUUGCAAGCAGUACUACUCCCUCGAAGUGAGCUACUUCAAAUCCGCCCUGGACAGGAAGCUUCUGGAUUCACUGUGGAAUAAGUAUUGGGUCAACACUCUUGGCAGUUCCGGGCUGCUGAGCAAUUCUGACUACACCACUGGACAGAUUUUUGAUUUGUCAGAGAAAUUGGAACAGAGCGAAGCAAGCCUGGGACGGAGUCCUUUCGUUGUCACCGGGGCAGAUCCUCAUGAGAAGCGCACCGAAGAUCGACUCUCGAAGGCAACUCGUGACUGCAGUCGUUCCUCCAUUGAACUCAUUCACGGACUGAUGGCACAAAUUGCCAAAGACAAGCUCUUCAACAGUGUCGGAGUGAAGCAGAAGUAAAAAAAAACAAAUCUUUCUUUGUAACCAAUCUCAUAUAAGGAUUUAUUGCUUAAUGAAGGCUUUGCCAAUUUUGUGGGCUACACUA